GGGACUGCCCAGCCCUCAGGGACCCAACCCCAGCCCCAUCCUCCCAGCUGGCUUGGAAACCACCAGGGAAUCAGAGUGCGGAGCUCGGGCUGUCCUGCCACGCUGCUGCAAAGAAACUCUCACCAGGAGGGUGAAACGAGUGGAGAGCAGGAGGAGGAUGGCAGAAAUGGAGCUGAGUAAGACAUGCCCCCUCAUGAAUGGCAGUGGUGCAGGAAGCCAGGACAGCAGCACGUGGAUCCUUCCCAACUUGCCCAGUAAGUGCACGUGGACAGCCGCAACGCCUGCCAGCAAGUCUCCACACUCCUGUAUUCCCUUGACAGAAGAAAAGAAGAUCUUGCCCAAUAUCCUCAAGAAAAUUGGCUGCACCCCAAUGGUCCGAAUUAACAAGAUUGGGAAGUCCUAUGGGCUCAAGUGUGAGCUCUUGGCAAAAUGCGAGUACUUCAACGCCGGGGGCAGCGUGAAGGACCGCAUCGGCCUCAGGAUGGUGGAGGAUGCAGAGAGAGCUGGGAUCAUCAAACCAGGAGACACCCUGAUUGAACCCACUUCAGGAAACACAGGGAUUGGGCUGGCACUGGUGGCUGCACUGAAGGGUUACCGCUGCAUCAUCGUUUUGCCCGAGAAAAUGAGCACGGAGAAGGUCGAUAUUCUGAAGGCAGUGGGUGCUGAAAUUGUGAGGACCCCGUGCACCCGCUUUGAUGCCCCUGAGUCCAACAUUCGUGUUGCCUGGAAGCUGAAAAGUGAAAUCCCAAACUCUCACAUCCUGGAUCAGUACCGAAAUCCGAGCAACCCCCUGGCUCAUUACGACACCACGGCUGAGGAGAUCCUGGAGCAGUGUGAAGGCAAGGUCCACAUGGUGGUGAUUGGGUCUGGCACAGGAGGCACCAUCACUGGUGUUGCCAGGAAGCUGAAGGAGAAGUGCCCGGAGUGCAAGAUCAUUGGUGUGGACCCUGAUGGCUCCAUCGUGGCUCUGCCCAGUGAGAUGAACACAACCAACACCACAACCAUCGAGGUGGAGGGCAUUGGGCACGACUUCAUCCCCACUGUCCUCGACAGAUCAGUGGUUGAUCAGUGGUACAAAAGCAACGACAGAGACUCGUUCCUCAUGUCCCGCAGGCUGAUCAGAGAGGAGGGGUUAUUGUGUGGUGGCAGCUCGGGCAGUGCCAUGUCCGUGGCUGUGAGAGCUGCCAAGGAGCUGAAGGAAGGUCAGCGCUGCGUGGUCAUCCUGCCUGACUCCAUCCGGAACUACAUGUCCAAAUUUGUGAACGAUAAGUGGAUGAUAAAAAAUGGGUUCCUAAAUGAAGUCCAGGAGCACAAGCCUUGGUGGUGGAACAUCAAGGUGCAGAAACUGAAUCUCUCGGCCCCUCUCAUUCUCCUCCCAGAAGUCAGCUGUCAAAAGGCAAUUGAGAUCCUCCAGGAGAAGGGAUAUGACCAAGCUCCUGUUGUUGCUGAGUCAGGGCUUAUUUUGGGAAUGGUGACCCUCAGCAACACCCUCACCUCUGUGCUGGCUGGAAGCGCGGAGUUCUCAGACCCUGUCACGAAGGUCACCUACGACCAGUUCUCAAAGAUUGGCCUGGAGGACAGCCUCGGGAGGCUUUCCUGCAUCCUGGAGAAUGACCACUUUGCUAUCGUUGUACACGAGCAAAUGCAGUUCAGUGGAAAUGGCAGCUCCCUCAUGAAGCAGAUGGUGUUUGGUGUGGUCACAGCCGUGGACCUCCUCACCUUUGUCAGCAGGAACGACAAGAAGUAGCAGAGCAGCUCAGCUGCCCCCACCUCCUCCGGCAGGUCCAGGUGUGGACCACCUGGACAAGGGAGCCUCUGGCCCAAUCCAGCCAAUAGUUUCUCACAAUGCCUAGGUGAAAAUUGUAAUGUAUAAUAUUUGUCUGCCAAAUGCCACCCACAGUAUC